ACAUGAUCUCUACCACUUUCUACUACUACUACGAAGUCAGCAAAAACACCUAUCUGCGCGAAACCAGUGCUACCACCUCGACCUCUGGUGACGAUGCACAAAAUAUUGCUAUUGAUAUUGACCGCACCAAUGGCAAUGGCCAAAACACCAUGGCUGUUGACGACAUCUCACGCAGCGAUAAUAGCGACGACUACGAUUUAACGUUCGAACCUAUUGCACCGGCUGACCACGUGUGGACGUUGAUCAAGUAUACUCCUCAUCAGGUGGCAAAGAUGAUCGGUUUGGUGGAGUAUAAGAAGCUGUCCGUGCGAAAAGCAGCCGAAUUGACCAACAUCAGUAAUUCGCGCGCCCAUCAGUUGUACAAGCAACACAAAGACGACAGCAGUGUGACUCCAGGUUAUAAGGCCAAGAACCAGAUAAAGAGACCGCGCAAGAUCGACCUCACCGACGAACAAAGGCAAAUCGUGGAUUUCUACGUCAAAAGUGUAGCUGACCAAAAUGCGAACGUCGUAAAAGUCAAGGAUGCGCAGGAUGAUCUGUGCCAGCAACUAGAAGGUGAGCUAUUUAUUACAACAUGCAACAUGACUUGAAUACUCGUUUUAUCAUACUAAUACUACAAAUUUAAAAGGUUUAAAAAUUAGUCAAAAAACUG